AUGCCUCCAACUGAUUCCUCAUGCCCUUCUCACCCGUUGAUUAGUCCCGCUGCAACUUCAGCUUCUCGAUUCUCUCAUACCUACACUGGGAACCCAAACCGCAGCCCUUUAAGUGCCUCCCUUACUCAUUCGAUGGUUACUCUUGCUAAAAUCGGUAUCUGUAAACCCAAUCCUAAAUAUGCUUAUCAUGCGUUGGUUAAUAAGCAUAAGGAAUGGUGUCUUGCUAUGACUGAUGAGUUUAAUGCUCUUCUUCGUGCUGGGACUUGGAAUUUAGUCCCUUGUACUCCACUAUGA